GAGAGCAGUGAAGUGAAGUAAGUGCCCGAAUAGUAAUUGGUGGGUACUCGCACCUCGCUCAGUUUCGCACCUCGCUUGUGCCCACUUUUGCCCACUUUCGGAGACGACCCAACUCGACGCUUCGCCCCCCUUCGCUGCUGCCUGACUGACACUGCUUUUUGCAUGCAUCAUGCACCGGCAACUGCACGCCUGCCCUCCCUCUUCGCCAUUGCCAUCGCGGGGGUAGAGGAUUGAAACCCUAUGCAGACGGACGGACCCCCUUUCCCGAAUUGGCUGGCUCCCGCCUUGUCUCUUCUCUGGGUCGCAUGAGGGUGCAGUCUGCACUAGGAUCUUGCUUCUCGCUUCACAUUUGAGCAGCUGUUCAUGAAUGGACUGCACAUUGGACUCGCUGUUGAUUUGUCACGGCGUGGUGGCUUUACGUGCGUGAGGGAUAUUUCUUUGCGAGCGUUUGUAAUUCUGAGAGUUGAUCAUUUGUUGCAUGUCUUAGCGGACACAUGAGAGGCAACUUCUGUCGCAAGAAACGGUCGAGAGACGCGUCUCUGGCGCGCACAUUGUUUCUCUCACCGAAUAUUCGAGGAUUCUGUCGUGGAGGAGUGUAGUUAUGGCGGCGGGAGCGACAUCCUCCUCACCACCGUGCCCUGUCUUCAAGCAGCCGCAGCCGGUUAAUCCUAAUAGCUUGCCGUUCUUCAGUCGUAUUUCAGAGGAUAUUCUCGUGAACGUAUUUGCGCGGCUUGAGCAAGACCCCCGUGACCUAGCGCGUCUGGCAUGCGUCUGCCGCCGCUUUAAGAAUGUGAUCCGAACCAACUGCUGGCGCCACCAGUGCAUGCGUGUGGUGCCUACUGUGGUCAAUGAGCUUAUGUCGCAACAACUGCAGAAGCGCGACCUACUUGGCGAGCCGCCUGGAGGUUGGGGUAGUUUGCAGAAGAUUCUUGUGUGCUGUCCUGGUCUCCAACAUGCCGGGGUAAUGCUUGAGAGCUGGGACUUUGGUCUCGACCGUGAGCUCGGCAGUUCUGAUGAAUACUACCCCCAAUAUCAAUCAGAGCCAUCACGAGGUUUUGACUCUGUUGUUUCUUCCGAUCUUUCGACAUCUGUUGGCAAGGAGCAAGUUCCCUCAGAGCCUGCCAUUGAGAGUGUUACCACCUUAGGUUUUAAACGAAAGAAGAUGAUUGAGUUUGGUGAAGAGGGUACCAGAGCUGACGGUCCGAUCAAGCACAUGAAGCAAGGAGGCCUGCAUUACCACAACAAGGUAAUGCAAGAUCACAGAAUUCUGUCCAGCUAUAGGCGUAUCGAACCCGUAAGCCAUCAAGGGGCUGCCGAUCUUCACCAACCACCAGUUAACAAACUACUCGAAGAAACAUCUGGGAACGGUGAGUAUGAUUGUAAUGAUAACCACAAAGGUGCACAUCUUGCGAAAGGUUCCUGGAGUUUGACGCGCGAACAGGGCAACAAGUUGCUGGCAAGCAGGUUCCGAGACGAUAGCCUCUUCAUCUGCGAUUGGCCAGGGUGUUGUCAUCAAGGAGAGAAACGAGUGUACAAGCUCUUUCGAGGUAUUUUCAAGAACUUCAAACAAUCACAUGUUUGGAGAAACCUCAAGGAUCAGGGAUGCAGGCACACAAACCUUUCGUGUGCCUUCUGUUCCUCGCGGAAGACAUUUGACAUGGUAACUAGUUUCUGUUUACGCCGUUCCUUUGAGUAUCAUGAGGAUGGCGAACCCGUGGUUCGAGCAUACGUCUGCGAAAACGGUCAUGUGGCGGGUGCGUGGACCGACCGUCCUUUGUAUAACAUGUGACGUUCAGGAAAAGACCCCUCCUGUUCUUUAAGAUCGAUAUGUUCAAUGUAGUGCAACAAUCGCUAAGGCUACUCCAAGGCCACUUCAGAUUUGCUUAUUCUCAUUUUGCACACAGCUUGAGCACGUUCGACCUCUUCACAUUCCAUAUCUAGGAACUUUCUGCCCGGAAGAUGAUUUUGGUAAUGUUGAUUAUAUAUCUUUCGAUGAAAGCUCUAGGAGUAUGUUGAUACGCAAAGUGAAUUUGCGGUAGAGGACUGCUAUAACUGUCUCCUCAAUCACCAUCGGUUAUCCUUUCCCGAUUCAAGUAAUAUUUAUAAGGUUCAUAUCUUGUUGUGACUAAGAGUAAAAUUGGUGAUCUGAACCGAUGGACAAUUUCUAUCAGUUUUUUGAGGCUA